AUGGUUGGAUCAAAUGAUCCGUUUUGGAAUUAUGUUGAAUAUAGGGCUGAUGGUAGGAUGAAGUGUAAGUUUUGUCCACAUACAUAUGCCAAGGAUACUUCCAUUUCGAGGAUCAAAUGGCAUUUAUCAAGAGAGAGAGGGCAUAAUGUUGCCAUUUGUCCUGGGGUGACUACAGAAGUUCAAGAAAAAGCCUUUCUAGCUAUCUGUGGCGGGAACAAAAGACAGAAAAGCACAGCAAGUUCAGUCAAUGUUAAUGAGUGUGGAAUUUCAACUUGUCCACAAGAACAAAACAUUGAGAUUGAAAAUACGGCAGGAGGGAUUGGAAGGGUACAAAGAGAAGUUCAGGUUGUAGAACCCGGAGUAGGAGAAGAGAGGAUUACUUCACAUGCAAUAGCAGGAAACGACGUAGUAAGCAUGACCGGAAUGAGAGCACAAGAAGAUAGAGUUUCCGAAGGGGCACUCGAGAGCAGACAGAGGACAGAACCAGUGGAGGAGGAUGUGGAGAAUAGUCGAAGAUCAGUGCAGGUUGGUGCUGGAGCUAGAUCUUCUGAAAGUCUGGAAUACAACAAGACUAUAGGAAUUCCAUUACCUCCUAGCUCUACAAAGCUAGUGGGUCAAGCAUUCAAAGAGAAUACGAAGGUGAUAUGGUCUUUGUUAAUGGAUGAGGAUGUCUUAAGUAUGGGUAUUUAUGGGAUGGGGGGAGUUGGUAAAUCCACAAUACUGCGACAUAUCCAUAAUGAGCUUCUACAAAAACCAGAUAUUUGUGAUCAUGUUUGGUGGGUGACCGUGUCUCAAGAUUUCAGCAUUAAUAAAUUGCAGAAUCUUAUUGCUGAACGUCUUCAUCUAGACCUUUCAAGAGAAGAUGAUGAACUGCAUAGAGCUGCCAAAUUGUCAGAAGAACUAACGAAGAAACAAAAAUGGAUUCUCAUUUUAGAUGAUUUGUGGAACAAUUUUGAGCUACACGAAGUGGGAAUUCCUGAAAAGUUUGAAGGAUGCAAGCUGAUUAUGACAACUCGAUCAGAAAUGAUUUGUCAUCGGAUGGCUUGCCAGCACAAAAUCAAAGUGAAGCCACUUUCUAAUGGAGAAGCUUGGUUUUUGUUCAUGGAGAAACUUGGACGUUAUGUAGAACUUUCACCAGAAGUGGAAGGAAUUGCGGAAGCUGUUGCAAGGGAAUGUGCUGGUUUGCCAUUGGGAAUUAUUACAGUGGCAGGAAGCUUGAGGGGAGUAGAUGAUCUACAUGAAUGGAGAAAUACAUUGAACAAAUUGAGAGAAUCAGAAUUUAGGGACAUGGAUGAGAAGGUAUUCAAGCUAUUGAGGUUUAGUUAUGAUCGGUUAGGUGAUUUAGCACUACAACAAUGUCUCUUGUACUGUGCAUUAUUUCCUGAAGAUCAUGGGAUUCCGAGGGAGAUGUUGAUAGGUUAUUUGAUCGAUGAGGGGAUAAUUAAAGUAAAGAGGAGCAGGAAAGAUGCAAUUGACGAGGGCCACACGAUGCUUAAUAGACUUGAAAAUGUCUGCCUAUUGGAAAGUGCUAAAAUGUAUUAUGAUGAUAGUAGAAUUGUCAAGAUGCAUGACUUGAUUAGGGACAUGGCCAUCCAAAUACUGCAAGACAACUCUCAAGUCAUGGUUAAAGCAGGUGCACAAUUAAAAGAGUUGCCAGAUGCAGAGGAAUGGACGGAGAAUCUGACGAUAGUCUCACUAAUGCAAAACGAGAUCGAAGAUUCCUUCCAGCCAUUCACCAAUGUGUCCAAAUCUGUCCACUCUAUUUCUAUGUGAUAAUAAAGGGUUGAGAUAUGUUGCGGAUUCAUUUUUCAAGCAAUUGCAUGGGCUCAUGGUCCUCGAUCUGUCUCGCACAGGUAUUGAAAAUUUGCCAGACUCUGUCUCUGAUUUGUUGAGUCUCACUGCAUUCUUGCUCA